AUGAACAACUCUCUAGCUUUCGCCAUACUUUUGCUCAGCUGCGUAACUGUGGCAUGGGCUAUUCAAUGCCAGACUUGUGAUAUGGAAGCUUGCCAAGACAGCACUCGAUGGGUUGUAGAAACAUGUCCACCACAAUUUUCAUUGUGCUACAGAUUCACAACUGCUCAUGGAAAAGUAUUCCGACGAGGAUGUGCUAUAACUGAUUGCGAAAGAAUGCCUGGUCUACCACAAGGUUCCACCUGUAAUACAUGUGACUCUGACAGAUGCAAUGGCUAUACCUCAUCUCGCGGUUCUCAAGGGAUUGGUGUAGUUUGGAACUCAGCUUCAUUUGUGUUUGUUCCUCUCUCCAUUUUCACAGCAUUUAUUCCAUUAUUUGCAUAA